AUGGCCUCUGCUUCGGAUUCCAUUCCCCCCAACGGUCUCGAGAUGGACCUUGACACCAAGAUGCAUGACGAGCCUCUUCUCGGCCCCGAUGGCGAGCCCGCUCCCAAGACCGACGAGGAGUAUGCUCAAGCUCAGUUGACCCUGCGAGCUAUCGUCUCCUCCAAGGAGGCCGGCGUCAUCAUCGGCAAGGGCGGAAAGAACGUUGCCGAUCUCCGUGACGAGACCGGUGUCAAGGCCGGCGUCAGUAAGGUCGUUCAGGGCGUUCACGACCGAGUUCUCACCAUCACCGGCGGAUGCGAUGCGAUUGCGCGCGCCUACGCCAUCGUCGCUCGAGCCCUCGUCGAGGGCGCUCCCUCCGUCGGUAUGGGCGGAGUUAUUCAGAACAACGGCACUCACCCCAUCAAGCUUCUCAUCUCGCACAACCAGAUGGGUACCAUCAUUGGCCGACAGGGCCUCAAGAUCAAGCAUAUUCAGGACGUCUCGGGCGUCCGCAUGGUUGCCCAGAAAGAGAUGCUUCCUCAGUCUACGGAACGAAUUGUCGAGGUCCAGGGAACCCCGGAUGGUAUCAAGCAGGCUGUUUGGGAGAUUUGCAAGUGCCUUGUUGAUGAUUGGCAGCGCGGCACCGGCACCGUACUCUACAACCCUGCCGUUCGCACCCAGUCCGGAGGCACCACCAGCGGCUUCGGCGGCUCCAGCUACGGAAGCGGUGGUGUUGGUGGUGGCAGGAACGACUACGGCGGCUCCUCCAGGGUGACGCGAACAGGUAAUGGCACCGAUUUCAGCAACGGUGGCCCGCGUUCGUAUAAUCGCCGUUCUGAUUCUGAUGCAGCCAACCGUGGUCCCCCCACUCACGACGAGAACGGAGAGGAGAUCCAGACCCAGAACAUUAGCAUCCCCGCCGAUAUGGUUGGCUGCAUUAUUGGUCGUGCUGGAAGCAAGAUUAGCGAGAUCCGCAAGGCUUCCGGUGCGCGUAUUUCGAUUGCCAAGGCUCCUCAUGACGAGACUGGCGAGCGCAUGUUCACGAUUAUGGGAACUGCCAAGGCCAACGAGUCUGCUCUCUUCCUGCUGUACGAGAACCUCGAGGCCGAGAAGAUGCGACGAAGCCAGCCCCAGCCGACUGAGUAA